AUGCAAAUUUUUUCGAAUUUGAGACUGAAGAUUCUCGCUGGAAUCGCUGCUCUCAUGCGCUUCAAUACUUUGUUUGUAAUCUUCAUUGUGAUACAGAUUAAAAGUUCCAUUUGUACUAAUGAGACCACUACGCUGAGCAGUUUUGACAGUAUGAAAUCAAAGCUCUCGAAUAAGGUGGCCGAUAAGUACAACAAGUUCAGAGAAUUUUUGAAAUGGGAUGUUGAAUGCAAUUUCUUGAAUAAACUAGAGAGAGAAAUUCGAGUAUCACAAGGACGAUGUCCACCUUUAACUACAACAACAGCAGCUCCGGUAGUAGAGAACAAAGGUAUAUUCUCAUUUUUCAAGAGAGACAAAAAGAAAAAAAAAAGAAAGCGAAGUUCAUCUUUGUUUGGAAGAGGAUCCAAAAGAAAAGUAUUGAGUCUUAUCACGAUGGGACAACAGUCGAUAGAUUCAAUAAAAAUUGAUGGGACUCGUGAGACGUAUAACUUCCUCGCUGGGACUCUAUUGGAAGUAUCAUGUGGGGAAAUAUAUAAAAAUGAAACUUUCGAAAUCGUUUGGUUUGUCAACACCAAUAAAAUCGAAAUUGGCUUAUUGGAUUGGAGAGUGACAAUAGACGAUCAAAGCAGAUUAAGUAUAUGGCCAUUGACUGUUGAGGAUAGCGGUAUUUAUGAAUGUACCAAAAACGGAGUGCUAGUAGCAUCAGCUCAGGUUUUUGUUAAAACGCUGAAGGAUGCUUUCCUUGAUGGGUUGUUCAACUACUUCUUUGUGUCGUUUUGUUUUCUGCCAGUCUCAGUGAUAUCGAUAGUUAUACUCAACCGAAAAGUUCUGGAUCCCCCCGAGUCCAGCUUGAAAGAAGACAGGAUGGUUCUGUUUUUGGAAGAUCAUAUAAAGAAAGCUUGGACGAAGUUCAUGAUACAAGAUAGAUUCAAUAAAUGA